AUGAGCAACCACAACUUCCCUUUACCUACAUUAACCCUUCGAACAAUUUACAAUUCAAUGUUAGAAUAUAUAUCUUCAACUGAACGUCUGUAUAGUUAUUCGAUUGAGUUCCCUAAAACUCAUUUCCCUUACUUUCACUUAAUCGUCGUCACCAACCCGUGCAUCAAUUUGGAAGAUACAGUAGAAGGUUUCCACUCUGCUCCAAUGGUCGUUACCAACCUCUUGAUUAGCAUUAUACCGGCCCUACCCAGGGUUGAGCAACCAACAGAACUUAACGAAUCGGCUAAUCAUGACAACAUAUCUACAGUCACCUUAAAUAACUUUGCAGACUUCGGUUACAUUGGUCCACAUCUUAUUUCGAGUUUAGACAACAAAUCAAUUUCACUUCCAUUACCGUUAAACGCAAGGAGCUGUUACUAUUUAAUGGAUAGCAUGAUGUGUGCGCACGCUACAGUUAGUCAGGAACGUAAAUGGCAUAUUUACAUCAUGAUUCGAGGAUCCUUAGACAGUUUGGUAGAUAUUUCUAAUCAGCUCAACCAUUCUACUUGA